CACCAUGUGCCUGCGCCUCCCUCACCAUGGCUGCCGUGCCGCAAAGGACCCUUAAUUGGCUGUACAGCAUCCUGAUCAGGGACCAUUAUGAUCCCCGACAAACAUACCAGGACCCCAACCGCACCUACUAUGAGGUCGCCGGCGUGCUUGGUCAAUACCCUUCGCUGGGUCCCCGGACCGAAGUCUACACCUUCGAGAACGGUUUCUCCGCCCUCCUCCUACAACUGACCGGCACGUUACCCGUGACGUUUCGCGGCACCGUCUACAAGUUCCCCAUCACAAUAUGGCUCCCAAACACAUACCCUCGAGAACCGCCAUUGGUAUACGUGACACCGACACAGGACAUGGCUGUGCGCGUGGGGCAACAUGUCACAUUGGAAGGGAGGGUGUACCAUCACUACUUAGCACACUGGGCUGAGGCGUGGGAGCGCUCAUCUUUGAGUGAUUUUCUCUUGAUACUCCGAGAGGUCUUUGCGAAGGAGCCCCCGGUGCGAUACAAGCAACAGCCCACACAACCGCGACCGCCCCAGCCAGCGCAGGCGCAGGCACCUCCAUUACCACCUCUGCCUCGGGAGCUCGAUCCCACACCUAAUCGCAAUGCUUCUCCGAUAACUGCUCAGGUGCCACCACCCCCGCCUCCAAAGCCAGGACAAACACCGCUCGAGCCGCCUCAGCGCACGCCGUCAUCAGGGCGAUACACAUCUCCCCCACCAAUCCCUCCACUGCCACCGAAGGAGCAGGAUUCCCGACGGGUAUCCCUGCAACCGCAAGGUGUCGGCAGCCCUGUAAGCAGGCCACAAUACCUGCCAGAGCGCAGUGGAGUCCCUGCAGGGAUACCUCCACAUGUCGCCCAGCCGAUGCCCGGAUACCUGCCUGGGUCAGCGCAGUUUCAGCCCUUGAGUGGCACACAUGCUCAGCGGGCGCCCGCUUACUAUCCUGUGCAACAGGCUCAUCCAGCCUACCAAAGACCCCCACAGGCACUUCCUCGACCGUCGCCACAUGCUGGACAUCAGCAAGCACAACAGUCUGCUCCGCAACCCAAGGCAGAGACGCCGGAUCUUCUCACCUCUCCAUUCGAGCUCGAACUCCCAUCCUUCACACCCACCGGCCCAGCCCCUCCAAUCCCACCUAAUCCAGAGAAAGACGCCCUGCUGCAGGCGGUUUCGAAGACUCUGUCCGAGACUCUCCAAACCAACGUUACACAGUCCGAAGCCGCCGCUCAAUCCUUGAUUUCGCAAUCACACUCUCUGCACGCGGCUAUUGCCACUCUUCAAGGCGAAAUUUCAUCGCUCAGCGCUCUCAAUUCAACUCUGCAAACGAAUACCUUGACCCUGCAACAAUCUCUGCAUCGCGCUGACGGCGUCAUCGCAGACGCACAAAGCCGUAUCUCAUCCUCGGCCCCGUCCUCCAGCACCGACGCCGCUGCGUCGGGUCUUCCUCCGAUCGAUGAGGUUCUCGUCGCCCCGACCGUUGUCGGUAAGCAGCUGUAUGACCUGGUUGCUGAAGAGCGUGGUAUCCAGCAGGCGAUUUAUGCCCUGCAAGCCGCGCUGGUAAAGGGGGUGAUUGGCGUCGAGACCUGGUCGCGCCACACGCGUGGACUUGCUCGUGAGGCGUUCCUGAAACGGGCCCUGAUACGGAAGAUUGGGAAAGGUAUGGGGUUGGAGGAGGUUCAUGUGUAGACGGAUCUGUAGAUAUCCGGGACGUUACCGAAAUGUAUAUAGCUUACGUUGGAAUGAUAUGCUUGCUAUAGAGCGCUUCAUGCGUCGGAGAUAAUGCUAACCAUGAGAUUGUCGCUGACACUAACACAAUCAAGUCAGCAUAAUAGUUACAAUGAG